UGUUACGGUAGUGUCCUCACCGGAGCGCUGCAGAGAGACUCGACAGCGCAAGUGUGCUCAGGUUUGCAGCCAGAGGAGAAACAAGACGUUCGUUUGGACCUGUUUUAAAUGUUAAUAGCUGACGUUAGUAGUCAUAAUAUCCUUUGCUUGUUUGACUAAGGGUUUUGCAUGCUUUUGUUUUGUAGUUAGUACAUAUUUUUGCGAUUCCAUCGGUUGCUGCAGUCUCCAUCAGCGUCUUACUCAGCAUUUACUCGCACGCUGUAAUACUCUUAACUCGUUACAUAAGGCUUCAGAGUUAAACGUGGACAUCGCCGUGUCUUUGGGUCGCCAAACGCCACCACUGAAAUCAAGCCGUUAAUUAUUUUGUUAGUCAGACAUAGCUGGUGUUCAUGCCCGAUCUGCAGCGCUUCAGUUUUCCGCUCCGUAGCAUGAAUUCUCCUCUCCAUCAGCAUCAUCAGCAGCAGCACCAACAGCACCCGAAUCCAGAAGGACCCGGUCAUCCCGAUUCUCCCUCGGGUUUGCUCCCCGAGGCUGCUGUCCUCGGAGUUCCCGAUCCAUCCUCGUUUUUCCUCGGAGAACAUCCUGGAACACAAACCGCAUUUGACCUUACAGCAUCCUCUUAUCUGCACUUCAGUCCAUCGCUCCACUGGUCCCAACCUCCUCCACCUACAGCCAUGGCACUGAGGAACGACCUGGGAUCCAAUAUAAGCGUCCUGAAGACCCUCAAUCUGCGGUUCCGAUGCUUUCUGGCUAAAGUGCAUGAACUGGAGAGACGCAAUAAGAUACUGGAGUUACAGCUUCAGCAGGCUUUAGACAGCAAUAAUACGGGUGGAUGCAUGGAGGACAGAAACACCAAAGAGAUCGGUGUGCAGACUGGGUUUAUUGGGCCUAUCGCUGUCCGGCCUGGGUCUUUGUCCUUUCAAAACACCAAUAACUCUGCUAAACGACCCACUACAUUGUUAAUGCCUUCUCUUACGACCGUCCUCAAGCUUGAGCCAAAUAAAGCUGACGGUGAGAGCACAACUGACCCAAACACUACUAGAAACCCAGCCAUCAUGGUAAGUCUUGCAACACCCACCACCGAACCCGCCUCGGCCAACACCAACAACUCCAAUAAUGCUCUGCAUGUGAGCAGCGUUGGCACCGGGACGUCUCCCAGCCUUCAGCCUCGCUUCCUGCCGGGAACUAUCUGGUCCUAUAAUCAGACCCGUAAACUGGGAAGCGGGUCAGAGACUCGGGUCACCAGUCCUGGAGUGUCGUGGGUCCACCCGGAUGGCGUGGGUGUCCAGAUAGACACCAUCACCCCAGAGAUCAGAGCACUUUACAACGUCCUGGCCAAAAUCAAAAGGGAGCGGGAUGAGUAUAAGCGAAGAUGGGAAGAGGAAUACACCAUGAGAAUGGACAUGGAGCAGAGAAUGAAUGAUCUACAGGAGGACCUACAGGAGAGUGAGGUGUGUCAGGAUGAGCUGGCCCUCAAGGUGCAACAGCUGAAAGCUGAACUUGUGCUCUUUAAAGGACUCAUGAGUAAUAACCUGUCAGAGCUGGACAGUAAGAUCCAGGAGAAGGCCAUGAAAGUGGACAUGGACAUCUGCAGACGCAUUGACAUCACGGCCCGCCUGUGUGAUGUCGCACAACAAAGAAACUUUGAAGAUCCAAUCAAGAUCUUUAAGGUUCCCAGUCCUCAGAACGCCAUCACCUCUCGUGCCCGUAAACAAGCCUCACAACCUGCUAAUGGCAGCGAGACAGAUGAGCCGGUCAGCACGUCUGAGAGCGAUGGAGGUGGUGCUCGAGAGGAUGAAGUGUGCACCCCGUCCACUCUCCAGAUCAAUGAAGAGAUGCAGAGAAUGUUGACCCAACUGCGUGAGUGUGAGUUUGAGGAUGACUGUGACUCUCUGGCUUGGGAAGAGACAGAGGAAACGCUUCUUCUAUGGGAGGAUUUCCCAGGAUGCACUUUAACAACAGACACCAGUCAGGGGGAGGAGGAGUGCUUGGAAAAGGUGAUUAAGGACACCGAAUGUCUUUUUAAGUCCAGGGAGAAGGAAUAUCAGGAGACUAUAGACCAGAUAGAGAUGGAACUGGCCACAGCAAAGUCAGACAUGAACCGUCAUCUUCACGAGUACAUGGAGAUGUGCAGUAUGAAGAGAGGACUGGAUGUGCAGAUGGAAACCUGCAGGAGACUCAUCACUCAGAGUGGAAACAAUAAAUCCACUUCUUCUCUACCUGGAGGUGGUACAGAUGCAAACGGAGAAACAGAGAGGGAUAAAACCGAGGGAGGAGGAAGAUAAUGAUGCCGUCAGUGUUUGUAGGAAGAAGAAAAAGUGCCCCUCAUCUCUUCACGGCUGCCUUCAUCGGCACUUCUCAUGUUUUUGCAGUCAAUCCAGUCACUGCCUCUAGUGGUGGUAAAUGGAAUUACACUGUAUGUGCUCAGUGCCCAAAAGUAAACAUAUACUGUGACUUUUUUCCCCUAUGGUUGUGCCGAGCAGCUUUACUGUUUUCACACCUACAUAAUCUUAAAAGACGAGAGUCCUGACAACAUUCAUUGAGCCCAUCCACCGGCAGGUAUCGAUCAUGUUUUCCGAUCCGAUGGCCAAAUGCCUGAGUCAUCGUAUUUUCAGAAUUGAAUAGAGAAUAGGUAGAGAAUCACUGACAGUGUUUUCGCAAAGUUUCCAUUUCCUAGAGACUCCAAGGGGACAUUUGCUCUCUUGCAGUUGCCGCGUGUACCAUUACGUGCCGAUGUAAGCCGUGGGUCAGUAGGUGUGUCGUGCUUCCUGUCUGAGCUGUUGUAAAUACUGUGCUGUUAAUGCUAAUGAAGCGCUGAGGUAAAUGUAGCCUGCACAUCCCCCAUCUCUGUGCUCAAAUUCACACAAAACAUAUGACAUUUCAUUCUAACGGUAUGCGCUUGGUAGUCUCGGUUGUAUUUGUGCUUAGAAUAAUGAGCGCUUUGACUUCCUCUUUUGCGGGUGGAAAACAUGAGUGAUGGGUGAGGUCAGAUGAGUGAGAUUUGAGGAUGUUAUGGCUCAGAGUAGAUGUCAGAGCGUUCUGCAUGUUCACUUCUGUUAUUUCCUUUUUACUUCUCCCCUCCUUUUGCUUCUUUGAGAUCAGCGAUAUUGAGUCGAUAUCUCGUUUCAGAAAGGUGUAUUUCAUGAAAAUGCUAUAUAUGAAAUACGUUCACCUUUGGCAUUGUUCUGUUUCGUAGACCUUGCUAGUGCCAAUGAUGGCUGAGAUCGAUGCACAGAUCUGUUUGUUUGUCCGACCAGUUGGUUUCAUUGGGAUCAGUCUUGUAGUCCAGAGUGAGGUGACAUGAGUGAAGUCCUUUAGAGCAAAUUUUGUUACAAUAGAUAGCUCUACCAGUGGACCUUUAGAAAGAGAGGUUAAACUUACCAGUCAAGGAUCUCACUAAAGACAUGUUUGACAGACGUAUGAUCUUAUGGAAAUCAUUUUCUGCCUCAAGAGUUUAAAAAAGAUCAUUGUGACUCUUUCUUGUAAUCCUGAGUUGAUUUCUUAAAGUAACAAAUUUAUUUCACAUAGCUGCAACCCUAUACCUACAUUUGCAGCUUUAGGUCUCACAAUAGCAACUUUUUUUCCUUCAGUUUUUAUCUCACAACUGUGACUUCAUAUCUUAUUAAAACAUAUUUCUUUUAACUUUGACAUACCUCACAGAAACUCUGUUACUUGUAAUUGCGACUUUCUGUCUCACAAUCACAACUUCAUUUCUGAUCAUUUUCUAGUGACUUUAUAUCUUAUGGUUUGACAUUGUUUCUUGUGAUUUUGACAAAGUUGUGGCUUUGUUUUUCAUAAUUGCGAUUUCAUUAUAAUUGCAACUUUGUUUAUUGUAAUUGUGACUAUAUUUAAUUACGUUGUUUCUUGUAAUUUUGAUUUGAUAUCUCACAAUUGCGACUUUAUAUUUAAUGACAUUGUUUCUCGUAAUGACUUUUGUUUUUACUCUGAUGUGGGAAGGGGAAAUAUUUGGAGACUGAUUUUUUUGUAUGCAUCUUGCAUAUUAAGAGUUGUUGAACUAUUGAGCGUGAGAUCUCGAUGGGUUUGAUCUGUUCGAUUAGACCUAAAAAUCCCAUGAAAUAGUUUACGGAUAAAUACAAAUGUUCUUUUGUACCCACCUAAAAGAGUGAGAUCCUAAUGGGUUAGAUUCACAGGAGAAUGAUCUUUCUUGAGUAAUAUAUCAUGCAAAUUCAUGUAAUCUGGGUCUAGUCUAAAGUUCUCAAGAACCUCACGUGAUUUGUAAUAAUCAGCUCUAUUUUUGGGAGAGCACGCUCUAAUUCUAAUCAAACGCCCACAGGGACUAAUACAGUAGUUCCAGAAGAAACUGACAAACUGACUUCUGGUUGGCUUUGUUGGCCAUUCAUAUCUGUAGUCAAAUAUGUAUUUUGCGUGUAAACCACAGCUUGAAUUCAAGAAUAGAGACUAAAAGUCUUUGAAAGAGACAUUUCGUGUGCCAAAUGUGCAAUAAAAGAGUCAGGAAAGAAACUUCACCCAGUGAAAAUGAAAAGCAUUAAUACAGUACAUAUCACUUUCUAUGAUGAGCCAGAACAGGAUUGAAUCUUUUAAACAGUUUGUUAGGUACCAUCCUCAGGUUGUUUUUCUUUUUAUCUUGUUCUAUUUUUUUGCAUACUGACUGAUGAACAACGCUGUGUGUCUGCCUUAGGUUUUUCCCUCUGAACGCUGUGAAGUUCUGUAGGGGUUUUGCAGAUUCAGUGUCGUUUUAUUUCUAUCAACAAGUCAUUUAUUUCACUUAAAAACAACGUUCUAUGGGUAUCAGUUAAAAAAAUGUGAAAAAAUAUUUCUUUGAAAAAAAAAAAGAUAAAAAACAGCCCAGAAAAAUCAAAGGAUGCGCUUGAUGAUUAAUUCAAAUGUGACGAUUUGAUUUUGAGGAAAAGGCUUUGUUUAUCUGUGAACUAAAUAUUGCAUUUCUGCUGCCAGUAAGAAGCGCUGUAAAUGUCUGAGCCAUUGUUCAUUCACAGAUUUGUAUUUUUUUAUUUAUUUUAGUUUUUUUUCUUAUGUUGUUUCGCAGGACUGAGCUGAACUACGUAUGUAAGAUAUGUAUGCAUGUGUAAAUGUAUGGAGUGAGCACUCCGGGUUUCUACAAUGAGUAACCGGUUAUUUUCCACAGCAAUUUACUUGUUGUUGGUUGCUAUAAGACUUUAAAACAAAACUCUUUGACAAGAAUUCUGUAAACGGUUCAAUAACCACAAAUCCGGUCUUGUAUGAAAUGACAAUAGUAGACAGUCAGGAAAAUGACUCAUUGGAACUUAAACUGAAUGAAGGGCUUUUGGAUAUUUCCAAUUUGCAGUGGCUACCAACGAGUAAAUUGCACACAAUAUCUUCACCAAAUUUAUUACAGAUUAAGUGCUUAGAAAGAAUGCUUAUGAGCAAUAAUUGUAUGAAUGCAAUGAUGCUGUAACCUAGAAGAGACAAAGGAAGAGUGGUGUUCGCUCAAACGCUGGCUGUGCAAGCAAGUCCUGAACCUUAACAAGAGAAUUACAACAUUUGAAAUGAUCACUUGGGACGUCAGAGUCAUUCCUAGCAUCUCUGUGUCAUUCUGUAACAUCUCAUCAUAGGGAUGUUUCUAUUUUAGGGACCUCCAAGGGUUCUCUUUACAUUUGCACAUGUGCCACCGUGGUUGUGGGUAUCAGAUGACCAGGACUCAAAAACUGCAAAAAUGGUGCAUGUGCAUUUUGAUUUAAAGAGUAACAGGAACAUGAGUAUAUAUAUAUAAAUAUGUAUGCAUGUAACCCAAAGCUGAACAAGAACUGCUCGCUUCACUGCAAAGUGUACAGAAAGACUGGAGCUUUAAAAAGAUUUCAGAAUAAAGGUUACUGCUGAACACA